ACCACCGCAUAUCACCACCACCACUUGCUCAACAGCUCACUCCAACACCACCAAAAUGAAGCUUACCACCCUCGCAGUCCUCGCCGUCGCCAGCUUCGCCCAGAUCGCAGUCGCCGACAACUGCAAGACGAGCCUCCAUUACUGCGGCUACAACCUUUUGCACAAAGGCAACUACUACAGCCAGAUUGUAGAGGCGCUCCGCGAACAAGGUCAGCCCGUCGAUGACGCACACAUCAACAAUGGCCUCUUCUACUGCAGUGGCGGAUCCAACGGCGAUAUCGACUUCCAGGCCUUCUGCGCCAACGGGUGUGUUGAUGGUGGAAAUGGCAAGAGCGAUUAUUGUUAGGCUGCUGCCUAAGAAGUGGGUGGCUGGGGCGACUGAGGGGAUGCGGUGGAGUGCAGUGUGAGACGACUGUUGCGUUCGGUUCCU